AUGGCCCCGAUCUCUAAGACUCUCGCCCUUGCUGGCGCCCUCUUUGCCAUUGCUGGCGUUGCUGCUCCCAUUGAGAAGCGUGCUGUAGUUUGGGAGACUGUCACCGACGUGGUCUGGACCACUGUUGAUGUCACCACCACUCUUUACCCUCAGGAACUCGUCGCUACUGCGACUGUCGUUCCUGUGACCACCUCGGCCGCUGCCGAGACCAUUCCCACCGAAAAGUCCAAGCCAGAGGGACACCGUCAGCCUGAGACUACCUCGACCAGCACCAGCUCCACUUCCACCGUGGCUCCUGCUCCUGCUACCACUGCUCCUGCUAUCACCGAGCCGGCCACUACCUCUGUCGUCGCCGCUGUUGUCGAGUCUACCACCUCUGCCGCCCCCGUUGUUACUACCACAUCUGCCGCUGCCGUUGUUGCUGCUGAGACUGAGCCUACCACUACCGCUGAGCCCACCUCAACCACCUCAACCUCCUCGGCUGCUGCUAGUUCCACUGCCUCCACUGUCUCCACCAGCUCCAGCGACUACAGCGGUUCCUGCGAUGAGAGCUCCCCUUGCACUGGACAGAUGACCUACUACGACACUGCCACCUCUGCUAGCAACCCCAGCGCUUGUGGUACUACCAACGACGGUCUUACUGAGUUGGUCCUGGCCCUGCCCGUUGGCAUCAUGACUGACUCCGACUGCGGCAAAACCGUUACCAUCACUUACGGCGGUGUCACCAAGUCCGGUACCGUCGUCGACAAGUGCAUGGGCUGCGACGACGGCUCCGUCGAUCUCUCGCGGGCCUUCUUCGAGGAAUUCGACUCCCUGUCAGCUGGUCGUCUCUCCGGUGCUACCUGGUACAUCAACUAA